GAUGUUCCUAUUAUGGGGAGUCCCAAACCUUGGCUGCGGUCCAGCGCCUCAGCCAUCGUGUAGGCGUGCCGUAUCAAAUAACUUUGUACUGUCUUUUUAUGUCUGCUUCAACGUCGCGAUCGUCAAGAAACAAUCACUCUUCCUCUUCCGCCUACGCUAUUGGUGGCCUGUCGACCUCCCGACCACUUCCUCACAUGCUAAAUCCGCUCGGGCGAACACAUCACGGAUACAUGCAAGUUAACCAAUCCUUGGUGAAGGAAGAGGACGAGGACGAGGAACAAGACAUUGAAGCGGGCCACGGAGCUCGGAGGGGAGUGUUUGGCCCGAGGUCGCAUGGGAAGCGCAAAGUUACACACGGAGAUAAAGAUAAAGAUACUUUGGGUCUAAGCCUGCUACGACCAAAUGUUCGCGAGGAGGACCAACCUUAUGAGCAAGACUCGGAUGAUGGAGAGGUGCCGCAAAGCUUCAUGAUAGAGGCGACGCGCCAGCCCUUGUCUCCAACUACCAAUGCGCACUCCUACAAGGGCAAAGCUCGUUCACGGCCCCUACAUUCCAAUUUUGCGAGGUCCUUGCCACGGGAGGUUGCCAACCCCCUCGAAACAACACCAGCUUUGUCUAUACCUCCAAGACCCUCCGAUUUGGAUGACGACGUCCUUCCUCAAACCGUGCCACUGCAGCACCAACCGUCUCAGUACCGAUUACGUGGACUGGACGCCGCCGAGCGCGCGCUAUGGAACUGGGUUAAUGUGUGUAAUCUGGACGCAUUCUUGCAAGAGGUGUACGUGUACUAUGAGGGAAAGGGCAUAUACUCGAUUGCCCUGGCGCGCGGCCUAAACCUUUUGACAGUGGGGUUUGUUAUCGGUUUCUCGACGUUCCUAUUGGGCUGUAUCGACUACAGCCUGUUAGAUCAGCACAAAGCGACCCGUCUUUCAGAUGUUGUCGUCGACCACUGUGUGACGAAGAUUUCUGGCUUCACACUGUUUGUUUUCUUACUCUUCACCGCGUUCUACGUCUGGCAAAUUAUAGCAUUCGUGUUUGAUGUUAUGCGUCUUGUUGACAUGUACAAUUUCUACACCCACCUACUGCGUAUCCCGGACGCUGAUAUUCAAACAAUUUCGUGGCCAGAGGUCGUCCGGCGAAUCGCUGCCAUCCGUGAAGAAAACCCCAUUACGGCCAUUUCAUCAGCAUCCCACAACAACCCUGCGAGUCCUACGACGGCGUCGCUAGAUGCUCACGACAUUGCCAAUCGAAUUAUGCGACAAGAAAAUUACCUCAUUGCGCUGUUCAACAAGGAUUUGUUAGAUUUGCGUGUGCCAUUCCCCCAUAUUCUGAAGAGAGCAUUCUACGGAGAUAAUGGUGAAGGCAACGGGAGAACGUUGACGAGAGUGUUAGAGUGGAACUUGAGGUUUUGCUUGAUGGAGUUUUUGUUCGAUCAACGUGGACGCGUGAGGAAGGUUUUCCUGAAGAAUAAACAUCGUGCUGUCCUCAUUGAAGGUUUGAGGCGACGGUUUAUCUUCAUGGGUAUCCUGAAUGCCAUCUUUGCCCCCUUCAUUAUUCUUUACAUGAUCAUGUACUCCUUCUUCCGCUACUUUGAGGAAUACUACAAGAAUCCUUCUUCAAUUGGUGGUCGUCGGUACACGCCCUACGCACAAUGGAAGUUCCGGGAAUUCAAUGAGUUAUCCCACCUCUUUACUCGUCGCCUAAACGAGUCGUAUCCUUUGGCGAGCAUGUAUAUUGGUCAGUUUCCCAACGAGAAGAUGACUAUAAUCAUGCGAUUUGUAGCGUUCAUCGCUGGGUCCUUUGCUGCGGUGCUCGUUCUUGCAUCAGUAAUCGACCCUGACUUGGUGCUCCACUUUGAGAUUACACCCCACCGUACCGUCUUGUUCUACCUUGGAGUGUUUGGUUCAAUUUUGGCUGCUCUCCGUGCAACGAUACCAGAGGACAAUAGAGUGUUCGAUCCCGAGUUGCUCAUGACUGAAGUAAUCCAGUAUACACACUAUAUGCCUGACGAAUGGAAGGAACAGCUUCAUUCCAAACGAGUCCACCAAGAAUUCGGAGCACUAUUUGCCAUGAAGAUCCUCAUCUUCGUGCAAGAAAUUGUCUCCAUCGUCACGACCCCUUUCGUCCUGUGGUUCUCGCUACCCCCAUGUGCUCCUGCCAUCGUUGACUUCUUCCAUGACUUUACCGUGUGGGUUCCAGGACGAGGCUAUGUUUGCAGCUUCGCUGAAUUUGACUUCAAACGACACGGUAAUGUCAAGUUCGGUGCGCCUACUGGAAUACGGGACGAGAGAAUGCUUUCCCGGGAAGGGAAGAUGGAGAAGAGCUUCUUAAACUUCAAGGCAGCCAAUCCUGAUUGGAAUCCCUCUGACCCAACUGGGUCCCUAUACUUGACUCGCUUGGCGGAUCUAAGUGCACGACGGCGUACGAUGGCCACCCUGAAUGCCAAACCUGAGAAUGCAACUUCCUCCUGUAGUGGUAAAGAUGUGGCUGACCGCGUUCAUGAAUACGAUCGUGCACUCCUUCAAAGCCAACAUGCUGCAGUACGACGCAGGCAGCAUGGUGGAGGAGUCAGCGUAUUAGGUGGCGGUGGCGUUGGAGCGUCCACAAUAUGGUCAUCCGCUGCGGGUGGACUUUCCACGAGUCAGAGCAUGGGAAUGGCGCAGACUGCAGUGUUGGGCGAUUCACAAGGGAGCGUGAUACCUCAACCAUUGCAGGUUCAACCAGAUGAAGAUGGUACCCAACAACGAAUAGGCAGCGGGCUGGGGGAUGAUUCUUACGUGGAUGAGGACGCGAAAGGAGCAAUACCAUACGAGCCGCACCAAGAAGGGAUCAAUGAGGGUGAAGAACACGUAGACGCUGGAGUAGUUGAGCUACUGGCACGGAUCUACGCUUCUAGGGGGCCCCAGCCCGUGCCCAUCAUCUAAUGUAUACCACGCAUAUUAUUUUGUACGCCCUCUUGU